GUAAGGAGGGGAAAUGUGCGUUCUGAAAAACAGGUUACUGUGUUGGGCUCCGUUACUCGGGCUCGUGGCUCCGCUCCGGUAUGGCCCCCAGCUGCGUGGGGAGGUGCGCGCUGCUCUUCUUCCUCGCCGUGGUUUUUGAUGCGGCUGGAUUAGCGGUGCUGCUGGUCGGGAUUUUCGGGAAUUUGAGCCGGGACGGCCGCUUCUAUGGAGACUUUCUGAUUUACACGGGCUCCGUCAUCAUCUUCCUCAGCCUGGUGUGGUGGGUGCUGUGGUACACCGGGAACGUGCCACUGUACGCCGAAGAAAGGACAGGCUCCCUGGAUAUCAACUUUUCGCACUGGGCAAGGAAGCUGUCUGAGAGGCUCUCCAAAGGCGGUAUGAAGUCCGUGGAAGCCGGGGAGGUGGUGAAGAAGAGUCCGGGGAAUGGGAAGGACAUGAACGGGACUGUGCGUUCUUCUGCCCCGGCUCGGAUUACCUGGGAGGACGGCAGUGGCAGCAUUCGGACCGUGUCAGGGCACUACAACUCCGGGUUUGAAGGAUGGACUGAGUACGCGUCCUCAGUGGAGAAAAACGUGGAGUUGGGGGUGCUGAAGAGCUCGGACGUGGCUCUGCAGGCAGACAGAGCUGAGAGGCUUCUCUGACAGAGGUGUGUGGGCUAUUUAACAGAGUCUGAGGUAACUUCUCCAAAAGUAAGAGUUUGCAAACUUUAAACCACCUGUAACUUCAAACUGGAAGAAGUAAAACUCUAGUGAGAAGAAGGAACUCACUCACGAUUUAUGAUAAUCUAAAUGAGAAGGUUACUGCUUAGUUUAAGGUCAAAUUACUAAUAUAUUUCAAAAUUUCAGCCUCAUAAGUUCUAUUUCUUGAUCAAAUUACCCACCGAUUCACAUCAGCCAUAAAAAAACAAGCUUUACUUACAAGAAGCUUUACUUACCAAGCUUCUUGAGUAAGUGUGAGCACUGUCUUUGAAUAAUGUUGUAGGCUAGAUCAGUGUGUUCACCUGUCAGGCUCCUUCCUGCUUUUAAAGCUCCCAAGACUAGUAAAAGCACUCCCCACUGAGCAUUUUUUGGUCCAAAAGAGGUCUAAUAGACGUCUAAAUGUAGCCUAGAUGACUGGUCUAAAAUCAGGCUACCACAGGUCUAAAAAUGAAAGCUUUAUGGACGUCUGAAUUUAGAUCAAGUCUAAAUCUGGGCUAUAUCCAUACUACAAUGUAUAUUGCUUAACGGUUAUCACAAUAAUUUUGGUUAAGUACUUGGAGAUCAGUUUUGCAACUCACAGUUGCUUUUUUAAAUAAAUAGUUAUCGAAUAAUGGGUUAAAGUGCAACGUCUAAAUUAGAUCUAAAAAUACUAGACGUCUAAUGGUCUAUUGCUCAGUGGGUAAACUCAUAAUAAAAUGUGUGCCAUUGACACAUAAGUCUGAAGUUCGUCCACACAGAAACUCCUAAGAAAUCAGUAAAAGACUUGAGAAAGAAUUUGAUUGGUAAUGGCAUUGGUAUCAAUAACACUCUUAUUGAUUACCAUCUCUAGACCUUGUAAUGCAAGUGGACCUCAACUUUCUCGCUGUUCUAUGAAACAAGACAUUUCCCAAGUCCACAACACAAACUGGAGAGUUUAUCUGGAUAAAAAACAAGGUUGCAUCACCUAGUAUAUUCAGUCCAUUCUCUUUUCUUUUGAACAACCAGUUUUCCAGGAUUUGACCCCGUCCACUCGCUCUAAUAUGAUCAGAUUACUUCUAAAAUUCAGCUCCUCCCUCUCAGAGGAAUAAAACACGGCCACUCCUGGUCUCAGAGUACGAACACUGUGAUGGCCAAAAUGCUGAUCUUAAAGGUAGUUGACAGUUAUUUACAGUCAGUGGCGUGAUUUCAGGUGGUUCUUAUCCCCCAUUGUGCUAGUAUUUCAUCACCUGAGGCUGCCUUCACGUCCCACCUGUCUGGAGUCUGUUAUUGUCGCCUGCUUUCUGCCGUUGAGACUUUUAAAUCCCCCUCUAACCCUCCUGACACUUCCACCUGUGGUUUUGUGAAACUGUUUGAUCCCGCUGAAGUCUGAGCCCAUGGACCCAACAAACAAUCCUAAUUGAGAUCCAUAAAUAUUCAGCGCAUCGCCCUGCGUUCACCCCGCUUGUCACUCUGCUGUUGUUGUGUUCAUCAUUAGCUGCUGGCUGCCACAACUGUAACUCUUUCAUCAUCACUGCUGGCGUCCUAUAGCAGCCCUUUUACCUUAGCUCUGACCCCCACAUUAUUGUCACUGAUCAGAUGACACCCACAGUGAAGCCCCAAACGCCACCCUGACCCCCAUCAGGACCCUGUCUGCUCAUGCGUUUCUGUAAUAAUGGUAAUUUUUUCUUUCCUUGGCCGCGGUGAAAAGAUCUUCAGUGGCCUGUGGCAGCUUUUAAUUUAUGAGCCCGUCCGUUUCUGCUCACCUUCACACUCCUGCAUUAUUUUAGCCGUCAGUUUGCUUGUAACCGCGCAGCGAGCCAGACAUGCUCUGGGCCAAAAGGCGCAAUUGCAUUCUAAUGGAAGUGAACAGUGCGUAUUGAUCCGCUGGAUUGGAGUGCAGGAGUUUUUAAGGUAUUCAAAUGCAGCAGGGAUCAUUUAAAGUCUGCUUCAUGCUCACACCCUCCUCCCACUAGUUCCAGGUAGUUAACUUUAAUGGACCCAGGCCUGAUUCCCAUAAUAUCUAAUCCAGAUAAUGAUCCUUAGAUAUGGGACUGUUGGGUCAAGAGCAAACACUGCAUAUUGAACAAAGAGGCAGCUCCUGUACUGUCAAAUAACUGUGUGUAAGGUGAGACAAACAAUCUAUGGGAGCUUCUGAGGUCAUUGCUGAUAUUGUUUCACAUACCGGUUUCAAAUGACCAUCUUCAGGCCUCCAUCUGAUGACUAUCUAGGGAGAAAAAUAUAUAUAAACAUGCAAGGGAUGGCCCUGAUUCCUGUUUCCCUGACGAGUCGAUCACCGAGUGCAGCGGAUCAUUUCCAUGAAGUAAUAAUCAUCAUAAUAAUCAUUUUGCACUGCAGACACGGUAGUUCUUCUGCCUUAGCAUCUCGGUUGGAUUUCAUUUCCAUGUAAAAAAUGAUCAUAAAUGUUCUUCCUUGAGCUGCGAAACUCCACUGCACUCGUAUAUCGACUCGUCAGGGCUCCCCCACAAACAAGUGGCUGCUAGGGGAGAGUGGGUGAGUUGUGUUUAGUCUCUUUGCUUAUUAAACCAGGCAAAGAUAAAAAGCUGUUUGGUGGCUAGUACUGUGGCUGGGACCCUUUAUGUACUGUUGAUGAAGUUAGGUGCUGUUCUGAACAUUAUUUGUGGCUAUAGAGUGGCUUUUUGGUUGAGGUUUGCGUGUGGAGACGUAAACCACUGUGUGUUGCUUUCAAGCGGUCAUUGCUGAAGUUGGUUUCACUAAAGAAGCAACAUUAAUCAGUUAAGGGGGUGUCUAACUUGGUGUUACAGUGUGUUUGACCCUAACUUAAAUUUACGCCGGAAUAUCCCUUUAAGGAAUGCCAAUUAAUGUUUUUGCAGUUUAAAGGUACAACCCCAAUUUCAAAAGUUGUGCCUUUGUUUAUAGAGAAAAGGUUGAUAAAAACAGAUUUUAAUGGUUUGCAAAUCAUUUGAACCCUGGAUUUAAUUAAAAACAAUGCAAAGCAACACUUCAAAUCUUAGAACUAAAAGGCAAAUAAAUUACUGCGUGGACACCCUGACACUGAAAAAGUUGUGUCAAAAAAGCAGAGAAACAUCUUCUUACUCAUUAGUUUAAUUUGCUACAGGUUAGUGACAUAACUGUGCAUAAUAAUGGCUUUCUGUCGAGGCUGAGUCUCUCAGAGGGAAAGAUGGAAACAGGUUUCUCUACUCUGUGAGAGACUGCGUAGGCAAACAGUUCAAUGAUUUCAGGAUAAUAUUCCUCAUAAUCUCAAAUAAUUUCAGGAUUUUAUCAUCUACAGUAAAUGAUAUUAAUAAAAGAUUCAGAGAAUCUGGGAAAGUCCCUGCAGGAAAGGGACAAGGCCCAAAACCAACCUGGAUGGCCCUGAUCUUGGGCCCUCAGGAAGAACUGCAUACAAAACAGACAGGACUCUGGAGUGGAAAUCACUCAAAAUCACUUUAGAAAACUGUUAUCUGUGAACCAAAGAACAGAUAAAAACCUAUUUCAGAAAAGAAUGGGACAAUAUUUCACUUUCAAAACUCUGAAAACGGAUCUCUUCAGUUUUCAGCAUUUACAAAAGUCUGUUAGAGAAGAGGUGAUACCAGAGAAAGGUAAAUAACCUCCCUGACUCUUAAAACAAUCACAUUUUUCCUUCACAUUAUAUGAUAUCAUGUCUUUGCACAGUUUUCACUGGUGCCCCUCUAGUCUUUUCCAUUUAUGUCCGAAGACUCCUCACAAGAGCUUUAAAUAUAGGAUUUAAAUUAUUUCCAAAGCAGUUGUUAUCAACAUUUUAAGCAGCAUCCUAACUUUUUGGGGGUUUCAGUCGUAAAAAUAUUUAUGUUUGUGUCCAAACUCAUAAGAUAUGUCCUCUUUUAAAGUCUUUUUGUUAUUCGGCCUUUUUUUUUUUUUUUUGGUGGCAAACUAAGACAGUCAAACCUGCUUUAGAUUUAAACGUUAGAGGGAAUUCGGAUACCACACAUGCUUUUAGUGGUUUUUCAAACGAACAAAAACACAGUGUAGGUGGAUGGGAUUAUAUCAGGGAACUUUAUCUUGUUAUUUGUAAAGCUGACUCAUUGUCCAUCAUAAUGAGACAGUAUUUUUUUAUCAGUGGGCCUCCUUCAAUGACAACAGGUCUCCACCUAAAGACAACAUUGAUACUGUAGCAGCUUCAGACUCCGUGUCAUGGGCAAUAAAGUGGCUUAUGAAGGAGUGUUGGGCUUUGUGCUCCUCUGGUUUCAGUUUAAUUUACAGUCCUGUAACAUGGAGAGUAAGGGUUCAAGGUUCAAGUGUGGAUAGCCUGAACUGUACCUGUAUCCAUGUAGUUGUAUAACACAACAUAUGGUGGUUAGACGGCUGUUAUGUGGGGAGGCCUCUGUGUCAACAGUAUAUACAUGGAGUUAAAUCUUUAUUCCUGUGUGCACUUGGAAGAAAAAGCUGAUUAUGUAUAACAGUGCUGUAGUCACCCACACUUAUUAAUUAUGUGGAAAUUGGAACCGAUAGGAAAUUGAAAGCCAGAUUUAUGAUUAGCUCAAUUUUUAAGGUUGCAGAAAGAAAGAACUUUCAAAAAAAAAUUUUCUUUAAGGUAUAACAACAAAUAAAAUCACCAGCUAAAUAUGUAUUUUUUUAGUUGAUAGUGACCGAGCAGAAACCGAAGAGAAGCAAAGAGAAGCUAAGAGAACCACAUUCAUGUUAAACUUACAAAAGUAUGAUUGUGGGUAGACUGGAAUCCGUAUGCCGGAAGGAUGAAUUGCAAGGGAGGUAUUUUUUUCAAUGAAGGGACUCAGUUACAGUCAGAAAAAGUGCGCCGACUUUAAGUACUACAUGAAAUUGGUUGAUACACUGCUUUACUUUGGGUAAUGUUUUGGUAUUUCUUAGUAGGUCAUGAUGCAAUAGAUAGGUCUACAUUUUUUCAUCUGACUAGAUGUCUGCGGGGGCUAUGGAGUUAUUAUUUCAUACUCAUUCUUAACAACCAGGAACAGAAACUCUUCUUUCAGUUUCAAGGGUUGCAUUUAGGUGUUACCUUUACCAACAGGGAGCCAGGGAGGGAUUUAUCGCAGAUAUGUUUUUGAAUAUUAACACAAACAUGUAGCAAGCUAAGCUACACUGUCAAGUAGUUCAGCUUCAUCAAAGCUAUUUUCAUACAUUGUAUUCAUUUAAGAAAUUUAAACUGGUUAUUAGGAUCUAUGCUGCGUUUCAGUUACCUCAGAAGUCGGAUGUCGAAGCUGGGAAUGACGCGACACCCAAGUUGAUGGCGUUCCAGUUAACAAAUUGGAAAACCAAGAUGGACGCCCACAGUCAGCCGUUGUUAGUUGUUGUCUACAAUUGUCAGCUGUCGUUGGCCAUUGUCAGUUGUUGUUAGCGGUUGUUAGUUGUUGUUAGUAGUUGUCAGCUGUUGUUAGUUGUUGUUAGCUUCACCAGUUGUAAACAACGCAUAACCCAGUAUUUUACUCUUACAAACACCAUAGCACCGUGUCCACAGUUAGACGUUGGGCAGUACAACAUAUACCACUUAUUUAAUUUCACCAAAACAAAACUGAAGUGCUAAUAAAUAAAACAUUACAAGAGUUUCACUGUUACUCUUUACUGUUGAUGCGCUGCGCUGCCAUCUUAGAUUAUAACGUUGUCAUCAAGUUAAUCAGGGUUGACGAGGAUCGUCUGAAUUUCUGAGUCGGAACUCCGACUUCAGGGGUGCUUUCCAGAUGUCUUUCCGACUCUGAGCUCGGAAAUACCGACUUCUGAGUACAACUGUAACGUAGCAUCACUACAUUAUAAUUAGUGGUUGUAGUAGUUGAAGUAGAAGUAGUCUAUUGUCCAAUUUAAUUUUAAUUCAAGUCUAUUCUUAUUUCUGUGUGAUAGUGUUAGUUUCUCUGUGACAGUAUCAUUUUAACCUUUGAAUUUAAGCUUAAAUAUUCCUCUUAACCCUUCAACAUUUCAACAUUUCAACUAAUUCUAUUUUUUUCACUCCUUUUGUUCCUAUAUGUCAGUCAGCGUCCUAAAAUGUCAUCGGUGUUAUCCAAGAAAGAAAUCUCACAGAUCUUUUCUUUUUUCCAAAAACUCAUUAACAGAUUCACUCUUCCAGAUAAUUUGCUUAUCUGAUCUUCUCCAACAUCUCACAAGAAGAGGCACAUUUUCAAUCAAAUCAGAUUAAUUUUCAGGGAAUGUGUAAGAAUGACUUCAGCCCAUGUUUAAUCGCCCUUUUCACGUCAUUGUUUUUAACCUCAUUUUAAGCUGUAUAUGAAAUGUUAAGCCAUCUUUCUCUUCUUCUUUUCAGGUGACUGAGGUGCUGAAGGAUGGACUUCCUCCUUUUGCUGCUGAAAACACUGAGCUCAUGAACUGAAGUCACUUUUUGUUUUUAAAUGAAGACCACGUUUCUUAAUCAGGGAAAAGCUCCUCGUCAGAUAGAGGGGCUGUGCACAGAGGAAGAAAAAGUCUUUAACAUGUACAUAGCAAAUCUUUAUUUUUAUGUGCUGAUUUUGCAGAAGAUGUAAAUUAUUUUAUAUGA